AAUUGACUGUAAUUAGAAAGGUUGCAAUUUUACACGUGGAUUCCUCGAGCUGUGAAACCUACCAAAAGUCCUAAGUACUUAAUAAAAAUUCCUUGAUUCAUGUUUUUAAAAGACGAGACAGCAGAUCCAAGAAGCUUAUUUUCUGCAAUCAAAUCGCUCUUAACUUCUCACGUAAUUGGAUCACGCACUCAUCCCGCAAUGUCAAAGCCAAGGUUGGAAGGCAAGGUCGCGCUCAUCACCGGCGCCGCCAGCGGCAUCGGCGAGGAGGCCACGCGGCUCUUCGUGGAGCACGGCGCCGCCGUGGUGGUAGCCGACAUCCAAGACGAGCUCGCCCAUCAGGUCAUCGCCUCGAUGGACUCCGACAGGGCGAGCUACCGCCGCUGCGACGUCCGGGACGAGGCGCAGGUGGCGGCCGCCGUCGCCUACGCCGUGGAAAAGUACGGCGGGCUGGACAUUCUGUUCAGCAACGCCGGCACCCUCGGCCCCGUGGCCAGCAUACUGGAUCUCGACAUCCAGGCGAUGGACAAGGUCCUGGCGACGAACGUGCUCGGCGUGGCCGCCACGAUCAAGCACGCCGCCCGCUCCAUGGUGGCGCGGGGGGUGAGGGGGUCGAUCAUCUGCACCGCCAGCGUGGCGGCGUGCGUGGGAGGGAGCGGGCCCCACGCGUACUCGGCGGCCAAGUGCGCGGUGGUGGGGCUGGCGCGGUCGGCGUGCGGCGAGCUGGGCAGGCACGGGAUCCGCGUGAACUGCAUCUCGCCGUUCGGAGUGGCCACGCCGAUGGUGUGCGGCGCAUACGGGGCGGCGCCGGAGGAGAUUGAGGCCAACAGCUGCGCCGCCGCGAACUUGAAAGGAAUCGUGUUGAAGACGAGGCAUAUUGCGGAGGCGGCGCUGUUCCUAGCGUCGGAUGAGUCGGCUUACGUCAGCGGGCAGAACCUGGCCGUGGACGGCGGCUUUGCGUCUGUGAACCAUAGUUACUCGUCCAGCUCGUUUUGAUCAAUGCUGCUGUGUCUUUUCUUUGUUUUUUCUUUUCUUUCUUUACUAGUAUUAUGGAAUUUAGGAGUUACGAUGAUGCAUGUGCUUUUUUCCUGGUAAUACGCAUGUUUUAUGAUUUUUGCAUUCAAUUCUGUAUUGAAUUGAGCUCCAAUUCAUUGAACUGUAAUGGUCAACGCCUCGACUCGACCCAACUUUUAUACUUA